GUUGUUUUGGAGGGCAGAGGAACCGCUCUCUGAUGUUAUGUCCUCUCGGUGCCUGUAGUGGUGCUGUAGGAGGCUGCUGGCUCUCUUCUUGAGCAGCCCCAGCAGCCCUGCCUUCUUUGCUGGAGAAUAUAUUCAGGGAUUCCCCUUAAUAAUCACCUACCCUCUGAGCACUUUGUAGUUUUAAAAUAAUAAAGAGCCCCCAAAGCUUCCUCCCCACAAAAAUCAGGAUCUUCUCAGAGCCAGGGGGGCAGCAGCUCCUCAGCACAGAGCCCGAGCCCAUUCCCAGUCCCUCUGCUGGGGAGGAAACUCUGAUCUGUCAGCCCAACAGAGGGAAAGGGGGGAGAGGAGAGAGAGGAGAAAAAAAAAGCAGCUGGAAAGACAAUCUGCUUCAUCUUGAUUCAUCAUCAUUCCAGGAUAGUGGUGUCCUUGGGGCUCUCUCUUAACAUUGAUAUGAUACAGAAGAUUUAAAAUCAGCUGAUGUUCACAAGGAAUAGAGUCACGUGAUGUAUGAAGGCAAACACAUACACUUCUCUGAGGUUGACAAUAAGCCCUUGUGCUCGUAUAGCCCCAAACUGUGCAAGCAGAGGCGACUUAACGGCUACGCCUUCUGUAUCAGACACGUUCUGGAGGACAAGACUGCCCCCUUCAAGCAAUGUGAAUAUGUGGCCAAGUAUAACAGCCAACGCUGCACCAACCCCAUCCCCAAAUCUGAGGAUCGUAGGUACUGCAACAGCCACCUGCAGGUACUUGGCUUUAUACCGAAAAAGGAGAGGAAGAAAAAGAAUGAUCCCAUAGAGGAGGUAAAGGUCAGGCAUCAGAUGGAUACUAUGGCCUUCAGUCUGACAGUGCCCACCUUGGCCUUGAAGAUGCCCAAUGGGCUGGAUGGGAUGUCCCUCUCCCCUCCCGGGGCUAGGCUUCCUCUCCACUACCUGGAGGCAGAACUAGAAGACCCCUUUGCUUUCAACGAGGAGGAUGAUGACCUAAAGAAAGGGGCAACAGUGAGGAAAAAGUUGCAGAGCAAGUUGGCUCAAAACCGGCAGCGCCAGAGAGAGACAGAGAUUUUAAAAGUUCGCCAAGAGCACUUUAGCCCCCUUCCUGCACCUUUGCAGCAGCAGCCUCUGCAGCAGCAGCACUCCCAUCUGCCACCUUCAUCAGCUUCGUUAAAGCCGACAGGGCUACCGCAGGGCUUAGUCUGCAAGUCACCUCAACCUCCGAACACCAGCCUACCAAUGCAGGGAGUGGCACCCACCACACACACUAUAGCACAAGCCCGGCAGUUGUCUAACAAGAGACCUCUGCCCCUCCUGCCACCUGCUAGGGCUCCGGUCACAGACCCUCCGAGGACUGAUCGGGUCCUAAUGAAAGCCACAGCCUUCUCUCCGCACUCAUCCUGCAUGAGCCGGCUACAGAGACUGGUGAAACUGUGCACUCGAAAACAGCAGCUGGACACUGAUCUGUUUCCACAUCUAGGGCUGGAUUGGUCUGAAGACAGUGGAGAGGAGUUCGAGGAUUCAGAGCAAGCCUCCCCUUACCAGGUCGCGUGGUCUAUCCGAGAAAGCCUCGGCUAUGAAAGACAUGAGUCCGAUGAUGACAAUGCAGAUGACAGGAGUUCCAGGGUGACCAGACUUUGCACUUACUUUCAGCAGAAAUACAAGCACCUCUGCCGCCUGGAGCGGGCAGAAUCCCGUCAGAAGAAAUGCCGGCACACACUCCGGAAAGCCUUGCUGCAGGCGGCCAGCAGAGAGCCGGAGCGUGCUGGGCAACUGAUACAAGAGCUCCGGAGAGCAGCCUGUGCUCGUACCAGCACAAGCCAAGCGAGGCAGAGAGAUGCAGAACCGACAACCUGUAGUGGGACUUCGAAGGGAGAACAGUGCACUAACAAGGCCCUUCCAUUCACCAGGCAUUGUUUUCAGCAUAUCUUAUUGAACCGUUCUCAGCAGCUCUUCUCAAGUUGCACAGCCAAGUUUGCAGAUGGUCAACAGUGCUCUGUGCCAGUUUUUGACAUUACACAUCAGACACCUCUGUGUGAAGAACAUGCCAAAAAAAUGGACAAUUUCUUGAGAGGGGACAGCUCCCGUAAAGUUCAGCACCAGCAGCAGAGGAAACCCAGGAAAAAAACAAAGCCACCUGCACUUACCAAAAAACAUAAGAAGAAGAGAAGGCGAGGCCCACGCCGGCCCCAGAAACCUAUUCCUCCUGCAGUGCCCCAAGGGAACCUCACCAUGCCUGCCAGUGUCUCACUGCCAGUAGAGAUGCCCCACAUACGGAGCCCCUCCACCCCAGAGCUGAGUGCCGAUGAGCUGCCUGAUGAUAUCGCCAAUGAAAUUACAGACAUUCCACAUGACUUGGAAUUGAAUCAGGAGGACUUCUCUGAUGUCCUGCCACGGCUGCCUGAUGACUUGCAAGAUUUUGAUUUCUUUGAAGGUAAAAAUGGAGAUCUCCUUCCGACUACAGAAGAGGCUGAAGAACUGGAACGGGCCCUACAGGCUGUAACUUCUCUUGAGUGCCUGAGUACCAUUGGAGUACUUACACAGACAGAUGGUGUGCCAGUUCAGGAGCUGUCAGAUAGAGGGAUAGGGGUGUUCUCUACAGGUGCUGGAGCUCCAGGAAUGCAGUCCUUGAGUCGAGAGGUUAACACGGAUCUGGGGGAGCUGUUGAAUGGGCGUAUAGUACAUGAUAAUUUCUCCGGUCUGGAGCUGGAUGAGAACUUGCUCCGUUCUGCUACCUUGUCCAACCCACCUACGCCCCUGGCAGGGCAGAUCCAGGGGCAAUUCUCAGCCCCAGCCAACGUCGGCCUUACUUCUGCCACUCUGAUAAGCCAGAGUGGCCUUGGGGAGAGAGCCUUCCCAGGACAGUUUCAUGGACUUCAUGAUGGCAGCCAUGCCUCCCAGAGGCCCCACCCUGCCCAGCUGCUGAGCAAGGCAGAUGACCUGAUCACCUCACGACAGCAAUACAGCAGUGACCAUUCACACUCCUCACCCCAUGGAAGCCAUUAUGAUAGUGAGCAUGUGCCGUCUCCCUACAGUGACCAUAUCACAUCCCCUCACACCACAUCCUUUCCUGGUGAUAACUUGGCAGCUACCUUCUCAGCAGAGAUGCCCAUGAUGGCACAGCACUUGCUCCCAACUCAGCUGGAUGUGCCACUUAGCGGGGUGGUCAACCCCAGAACUCACUGGGGAAAUCUUCCUGUCAAUCUUGGGGACCCCUCUCCGUUUAGCAACCUUCUUGGUGCAGAUGGACACCUCCUGUCCACCUCCCUGUCCACACCACCUACCACCUCGCACUCAGAGACCACACAGCCUGCCUUCGCCACUGUGACCCCCAACAGCUCCAGUGUGCUUCCGGGGUUACCACAGACCAGUUUCAGUGGCAUGGGUCCUGCCUCCGCUGAACUCAUGGCCUCCACCUCCCCUAAGCAACAGCUCCCUCAGUUCAGCGCAGCCUUUGGGCACCAGCUGAGCUCCCACAGUGGCAUCCCCAAGGACCUGCAGCCCAGCCACAGCUCCAUAGCUCCUCCCACGGGCUUCGCAGUGACCGGUGCCACCGCUACCAGUACCAAUAACGCAUCUGCGCCCUUCACCACCUCCAACUGAGCUUGUCUGCCUGGCUAUGUGCAGGUAGAUGGGGGACCUGUGUUUUCUAUCUUUCCUUUCUCCUUCCUUCCUUUUCUUUAUUUUUUCUGUCCUCUCUUUUUUUUCUUUUUUUUUUUUUUUCUUAAGAGGGGGUUAAGAAGAAAACCCCUGCUUCAGUACUGACCAGGGUUAGCCCCCUGUGAACCUUGCUGUAGCGUUCACAUGUGCUUGUUAUGCACCGGUGCUCAUUUAUUGCAAGCAGGUUCACCGUUCCCCAAUAAUUCCUUAAGGAUACAGCACAGUUACUGGAUGUAAUUGAUCUUAGCAGUAAGACCUAGAAAUGGGAAGAUACCUCAGAUUACUGAUGCAUGUUACUGUUUCCUAGGGUUCGGAUCAGUGCUUGCCAUCCCAUUAGCAUCUGCUAUAAAGUUUUCCUGUGGGCAGAAGUCUUGAUUUUUAUUUUUUAAUUUUUGAUUUUCUCUCUUUUUUUAAAAAACAAACAAAGGUUUUUUUUUUUUCCAAAGGUAGCAUCUGGCAUUGAAAACUUGGCUGCACACAUUGAUUUGAGAAUGGUGCACUGAAGUCCUAAAACAAGACCAUGGUUCCGGGAUGAGUUUGACAGUUUCUUAAAAUAGUGUCUUGACCUCCUCCGUGUGCGUGUGUGUGUUUGGGGUGCAGGGAGCAGCAGUUCCUUUUCUUUUGGUGAAGAAGUGGGAGUUAUUCCCUUCCAGAACUGGUCACUGUUCUUACUGCAUGCUGACUUUUGUUUUUUAUGAUGACGAUUUUUAAUUCAUUGAGCAGCAAGGGGACCAAUUGACUGGUUGCCCAGAAAUCUGAAGGCUGAUGCAAAGUUAGCCCAGGGAAAAAGAAAAAAAAAAAAAAAAGAAAACCAGAAAGAUUGAAACAGAAUCAUGGUACAGUGAGGAUUCCUGUGCAGAAAUUCCCUCCCUUGCUGAAUUACUGUGGCCUUGUAGCAUUGAUGAUUUGCCUUUUCAAGUGUGGCUUUGUCCCAGACUCCUUGCCUGACAGGCUGACAGGUAUUUCCCAGCUGAAACUGGAAGAAUUCGGUUGGUAUUCUGCCCAUCCACACAAGUCUAGUUCAGACCCUUUGGUAAGUUCCAAAUGGAUGCAUUUCUCAAAUUAUUGCUAGCUACUGAGACUUUCUUGGUUAGCUUUUUUUCCCCUGGGAGCCAUAUAGUUUUUGAGACACUUGUGGGAUUUGAUGCUCUGUACGUGAAGCUGAAUGUAUGUAAGGAACUAGCAGGUAACUAUCAGUAGUCAUGGCUAACCAAAAGAGAAAGCUCUAAAGCAAAAGAGGGAGAUAAGAAUUCCUCUUGUCUGCAGGACAGUUCUGCUUUUACUGCCUACCUGCUGAAGAUAGUAUUAAGACUCUUUGGUAGUAAUUUCAGUUCUUAAAGAAUGGAGUCCACUAGCUUUUAGAUUUAUUUUAUUAAUCCAAGGGAUAACAGCAACAGAAAUCCUGAGGUGUUUACUUGUAUCUCUUUAUCAGGAAGUGAGAAAAGAAAUUUGCUUGUGACUUUAUAGGGCUCAAACUUGCUACUGUACUCUGACUUGGACUGUAAAAGUAGCUUCUGUUUAAUUAGUAUAAGUCUGUACUCUUCUUGGUUUGUUUCUGAGAUGCAGAUGAGAGAGAACAGAAAAACCCACAUUUCAGUCUCUGACUGUAGAAGACAUUUCCUUCUACCUUACAAUAAAACAUCCUACCUGCAUGUAUUCUAGUCUAAUCCAGGAAAUGGAGAUACCAAGCACAUGUUAUAGGGAGGCCUAAUACAUUGUUUGAGCAAGGGAUCAUUGAACUAAGUUUAAUUAGUAUAGAAAUAUAUUUUUAGCAGUCAGACCCACACCAAAAUCUCUGACCCAAACCUCUCCUUUCGUCUUGUUAAGGAAUGGAGUGUAAAUGGGACAGGUCUUGUCUUUUCACUAUCAUAGCAAUCAUACUAUCCCAUUUCUUGAAAGAUCUGUCCUCCUUAAACAUAAAGGAGUAUGGAUGAUGUGUAUGUCCUGUCUGAAAUUGCAAGUGUAUGUGGAUGGAGGAAACAGAAAUGAUUUUGAUGCUUCUGUUGUUAUGAAGUCCUUAUUUCAUACUUGGUAAAAUAGAUCUUAAUAAUAUAAGCCGAAUAUUUUUAAGUGGUGAUUUAAAUAUGUUUGUAACAUUUAAAUGUUUUUAAAUCAUGUAAAAAGUUGAAUUGAAGCCUAUGAAAUCCUGCUUGUGAUUGUCCUGCUGAUUGAGGAAUGCCCAGUGGUAUUGUGAAAUGAGGCAAAUCUGACAAGGCAUUUAUUUAUUUUUGUAUUAUGUUCCCCACACUUUGUUCAGGAGACAACUGUUUGAUUUGCAAAUGAUUUUCCUUGUGUCCAUAUACCUUCUUCAAUGUGUUCUGGAUGACUGGCUGAAAAAGAGUGGAGAACUAGUAUACCAAAUGGUUAAUUCUUUAAUCUGCUUGUGUAUUCAUGUCAUUUUAGAGGAUGUUAAUUUCUUAAAUUGGUUUCAGGACUUUGGUCUUGAAAUUAUUCUUGUGCCCAUCAAACUCUCCAAUGAAGCUGCAGCUAGUGCAGAUUAAUUUGCCCCACAUUAGAUUUCUCUUUCUUAGCAAGUGCUGGGUGGGAAGGAAGGAGAGGAGCCUGAAGUCAAGUUCUGCUUGCUCACAUCGGUAUAAAUUUCCGAGGAGCUCUUUGGUUUAAGGUCACUGUGUGUUUGUACUGGUGUAACUCAGAACAAAAUUCAGCUCCUAACCUAAGCAUUGAUUUAGUCAGGAAAUUUUAAAAAUUGUCAAAGCUACGCAGGUUCAUAAUUCCCAUUUGAAAUCAAUGGCCAUUAUGUACCUGUAUUCCUUUAAGGCAGCCUAGGAUAUCAACUCUCUUCCCCCACUUAGACUUCAGUUUUGUGUAUCCCUAGAUGUCUUUUCCCUGAAAAGUGACUACGUAACAUUUUUCAGUGAGCAAACUAAGUUUGCAAUAAAGCUGCACUAUUAAAAAUAAACUUCUGUUUGUAUACAUUUUAAAUAGGAAUCCCUCUGUCCGGUCUGAUACAGAGUUCUGAAAUGGGCCACCACUCUUGCCUUUUCCUGGUUCACCUCCCAUUUUUUCACAGCCAACAAUACAGCCUACCAAGCAGUUAGGGGUUUUGAUCUUAGGUUUACAGGGUGAAUCCUGCAGGUGGGCUUCUACACCAACACAACUCAUUGAGUUCAGUGAAUCAGCGUCUUACUGUUGGGUAUGAGAGACCCAAUUUGAGAGUUUGUGCAGCCAGAGAUGUUUCACACCUCUUCCUCUGGGACGUACUGCAGGUCUAGUUAAGGUAGUCCUUACGGUUGCUGUUUAUGUGGUUCCCUAAUACAGUCCAUGCUCUCUUGCAGAGGUUUUUGAAUAUCAUCUCCUCAUACAGCAAUUAGCACUCUAAUCACCCUUUCACCAAAGAGUCAGUGUAGCAAUUUCAGUCCAUUCAUUUGAGAUGGUCAAUAUCUAUCUCGUCCUCUACAUGUUAACCAAUUGAAUAAAGCUAGUUUAACUUAAAAGUUAAUUUCCUUACAUAAGAUUUCAGUUUUAAAGAAUAGAGGGGAAAAAAGAGGCCUAGAAAAAAAUGCCACUAAGAUUGGUUUUGGUUAAUAGCAGCACCUCAAUUAGUCUUUGUACAAAAGUGUAAGUACUGACAGAAUGACACGUAAUGGUAUAUGGAGGCUGGUCAGAAGCAGCCUCAUGUUGGCCUGGUGUCUACGACAUUGUUAGACAUGCUUUGAUGUGUCCUUUCACUUAGGAAGAUUUCAUGCCAACUUUGAGGGGAGCUGUAUGUACUUUGAUACCUCAAGGCUGAUUUGUUCUUGGGCUUUGUAAUGGCUGUGAUGCAAGAAGAUGGAAAAGAUGCUUUGUGUUGUCCUCUCCUGCCUUCCAGUCCCCCCCAGGUUCUUGCUUAGUUCUCUUGUUGGUAGCAAGCUUCUCUGUAUCUUUGGGCAGAGAAGUUAGUGAAACAUUUGAGCUGAUAGGUAGCACAGGUGUAGGUCUGCCUCUGGCCCUGUGGAGAAGACUGCAACAGCUAGAUGUCCCACUUCACCCAGCAGGCUAGCGAAUGAGGAAUCAUACCUCUCAUUUGCAGACAUUGAAAAAUGCCUUGAAGGUUACAGCCUGUUAGGUGAAAAUCAGAGAUGGUGUCACAAAUACAAAUGCAAGGAAAAAGAUACUAACAACCAUCCAUAACCAGAAAGAGAAGCCAAGGGAAGUUGCUGCUUUUUUUGAAGAGGGAGGAGCUGUUAGUUCAGAAAUUUGGAAGCCCUGAUGUAAGCUGUUAGGUAUAGUCUGAUGCAGCUGGCUCCAGGACACGGCACAGGCAAAGGGCCUGCAGCUGAACAUGCAGACUAGUAGCCAAAUUCACUUUGGAGCUUCAUUUUGCUGUAACCACAUUUAAAUGCAGUCUAGAAUUGAAUUGGCUUGCCAGGGUCUCAAGAAGAAGUAAAAUAAAGCCUGUAAAGGUGUCUUCACUGAGAAGUUGACCCUAGUGGUUAAAAACAUGUGGAGUUGGUCCGCAUCCAAAACUCCAGCUACUCCACCUGUUGCUGCAGCAGCAUGGCUGUUGCAUUUCACUGUAGGCCUCAGCAGCGCUGAUGAGCACCAGCUCAUCAGCAGAAGAGCCAGGUCCUGGUGUCGACUUUUUGCAGACUCUGGAGGGCAGGGACAGUGGCAGGAGGAGUUUUCAGACAGCUUAACCUACAGUAAGGUGUUUGUGUGGGUGUCUGGGCAGCUUUCCUGAUGGGGUAUUUCUUUUUGCUUUUAUAUUUUUGCCAUUACAUGUGAAGGGGAGUCUCCUCCUAGUGUAGGUCUUUUGCAAGGCCCUAUGGUGAUGGAAAUACUAAAUGAAGGAAUAAGUUUGGGCUAAUGCACCGACCAUAUCUUUAGGUCUUUCUGAUCUGAUCAUACGGUUGUUCUGAUCUUUUGGGUGACAUUUAGUAGUGGGGUGUUGUGGGCUGCUUCUCUUAUCUCCCCUCUCCCCAGUCCUUUGUUUCCUUCCCCUCUGCAUUCUUCACCAUUCUUUUUUUUUAUUCUCCCAUUCUCAGAUACUUCUCCAAUAUAAGUAAUGCCAACCGGUAAGUCUUCUGUGGCUUGGUCUUGAGCGAAUGUGACUGUAAAACGAAAAGGAGGAGAGAUUCCAGCAAUUCAUAGCACACAUUUUGGGUGCUAGAACGACCUGAAAUAUUUCUCAGAGCAGUGAGUAAGAUCUUUUUUUCAUAACACAGUGAGUGAUAUGUCAUGAAUUAGAUGCUGUGGUGCCACCUUGAUCCCAGGAGUGCACACGUUAGCCGUGAACGUGUAGGCAUUUUUAGAGGGCAUCUACCUUUUCACAGAUUCCUCUUGUUUUGUGAAGUGCAUCAGUAGAAAAUAAUGAAGAAAAAUUUUAGGUGAUUCUUUUUAAUAACCUGCAUGAAGAAGUCCAACUAAAAGUAAGGACAGUUGGUGGAGAAAAAAAUCUACAUUUGUGUUUACUAUGCUUAAACCUGGACUUCAGGUGAGGUCAUGGUGAUCAGAGACCUUAGUUCUAUCAGCUAUAUUUUGUUUUUGUCUUUACAACUAGACAAUAAUGUUGUUGGAAAAGAAAAGUUUGGGGAAGAAAGAGGAAUUGCAGAAGUGUCUUGGAACAAUUUUCUCACUCAUGUCUUCAGCCACUUUAAAAAAAAAAAAAAAAAAAAAAAAAAAAAAAAACAACACAAAAACAGUGACUUGGUUUUGGGAGCUUUUUCCUUUGCUGUUCUGCUACUUGUCUCAUGCUUGUUUAGUUCUUUGCUUUUCCCUGUUUUAUUCUGCUUCCACAUACUUGUUCUCUGGCUACUUUGGAAUAAGGUGACAUAGUGGAAGCAUGAGAGAAGACAUUGGGUUUGGCUGUAGAUGGACAUCAGUAGUUGGAGACGUCUUUCUUUUUCCAUCUCCUUAAAGUAAGUUUUCAGUCUUCCCUGGCUUACAGAAUUCAGUUUGGAAGUGAACAGGAUGAAAUUCAGGCUUUUGACCUUAAAACUGUACAUAGACGAUGUAGAAAAAUGCAUUCUUCAUACUCCUUUCCCUUGCUAGGCCCCCAAACACACAGUGAGUUAUACAGAGUACAUGCGUAUGAACUUCAUGCGCAUGUUGAACUUGGUCCAGCAACGCUAUUGUUUUACCCAAUUUCUGUCUUUGUCAGCCGGUGCCCACUGAAGUGAACUCUGGAUAGGUGGUAUCCCCAGAUAUCCUCUGGAAAACUUUAACUUUGGUGCAGAUUGCUCUAAUGUAGCUGACUGCUAUGUCAUUUGCUUCUACUUUGGAGUGGACUGAUUUACCCUGAAAUGACUCUAACCUGCGUCUCAAGGCGUAGUUGGUUCCAGUGAAAACAGAUUCAUUCUGAAGUGACAGACAGUUCGGUUCUCAUGCAGAAUACCUACAUCCUACCAGAAGGGGUUGAACCAGUUUCUCUGACAGUGAUUACCUUCACUGUACAGUUUUGGGUAUGUCUCAGGGAUUCCUUGUGGAAAUAAGGGCAGUUAACAAAAAAAAAAAAAAAAAGUAAAUAGUUUUAAAAGUAAAUAAUAAUUUAAGGUAGAGCGUCAUCUAAGUGAGAGCACAAGAAAGAGAAAUCCUUGUUCAGUUUUCUAGUCCAGUGUCUGGCUUAGGGACUCUUUCUCUUCUCGGGGCUCUCAUCUCAAGUUCAACAUACAGAAUCUUUUCAUCACGCUCAGCUUUAAACUUUUUAUUUAAAGAUACCCUUCCCCAAUGAGCUUUCAGAAUACUUAUUGUAGAUUUUAAGAGAAAUGGUAUAUUAAUUUAUGCUAUUAACAUCACCUCAUAAAUUAUAAGUUUUAUACUAAAGCUGUAUUGAGUGUAAUGAAUUAUGUUGC